AGAUGCAUCCAUCAAGAGGAGGAGCAGCCAUGAAUAUUGUUUCGACUACCGAUUCUAGUGGUCAGUCUUUGUGUGAAAAAAAGGAUUACGCUGACAGUGCCAAUGCCGAUUCUGGCUUUCUUUCGGGGCAUAACCUCAACCUAUCCGAGAAUAUUGUGGUAGAACAGAACCAUUCUGAAGAUAAUCCAACAUACAGCGGAACGUAUCGAUCAGCUUCGAGUGCAAAACAAAUAAUCGAAGCAAAUUCUAACUUGGACUCUGGCAUGAUCCCGGACGAAGAAGAGCUAGAGUCGCGCGAUCUGGGCUUAAGCGACAUCUGCGAACGCUUCGAUCGUUUGAUGAAGCGAGACUGGAUGAAAAGUUAUCAGCAAGAUGAAAUGGGAGAAACCCAGCUUCACAUGGCGGUUUACGAGCGAAACGAGGACAACAUUACCAAGCUGAUUGCAAAUCUUCCACGACAAUUUCUCAACAUCCAGAACGACGACGCCCAGACGGCAUUGCAUCUUGCUGUUUUGACUGAUCAGCCACAGAUUGUACGGCGCCUGUUGAACGCGGGUGUUGACCAAACCAUUCGCGAUGUCGAUGGAAAUACCGCCCUACAUCUGGCCUGCGGUUUGGGCAAGGUAAAAAUGGUUAAAGAGCUGCUAGCGCCGAUAUCAUUCAACGAAAAUCCACAAGGACCAUCCCAAACUGAGGCGGUACAAGAUAUUGAGCUGUGGAAUUAUGAUGGCAAAACCUGUGUUCAUUUAGCUGCAGAGGCUGGCAGCAUAGAAGCAAUACGAUCAUUAAUUGACGCGGGCGCGGAUAUCAAUGCACGGGAAGGAAAAUCCGGUAUGUCCCCGCUGCACAUCAGCAUCGCGAAAGGCAACGAAAAUUUAGCAAACUUUUUGCUCGAUGAAUGUCCACUGCUAUCGCUGGAGACAACUACAUACGCUGGAAUGACGGCUUACCAACUCGCUCUUAUUCAAGACAAGCGAAUCCUGAUCAGCGACUUAACGAAACGUGGAGCAGAACAAAUUUCUCUACCGGAAAGCGAUGUUGAAACAGACACUGAAGACGAAACGAUCAGUAACUACUACGGGCCGAGCGCAUUUUCCUCAGCUUUCUCGGGAUUAUCGGCUAUCAAUGUAUCUUAAACCCACUGCAUUAUUUU